ACGCACACUCUCUGCAACUCAAGCCACAACCACCCCGGAGGGAUUCUCCCCUGAACUCGAGCCGCCAGAGAAGACGAAGAGAUAACCUGAGAACGGAAAGCAAGAGAGGGAGUGAACCAGAGAGCGGAAAUCUGGGACCGAAGGGGGAACGAAGGGUACACGCUUGAAAGAAGUGAAAUUACUAUGUUAUUGAUUUCUAAGAGGAGGAGAGCACGUGGCAGCAUGGAAAGCUUCAGUAGAUUACCUGAUGAACUUCUUGUGCGCAUUCCCUCCGUCCUUCCCAUGAAAGAAGCAGUAUGUACCUCUGUAUUGUUGAAAAGAUGGAGUGAAAAUGGUGAUCGGAUUGGUUUCUUGUAUGCUGUGGAUAGAUUUUUCUUUUAUGGUAAUAGAUGCCUUUUUGAUAAGUUCCAUAUCAAAUGGUUGUUCUCCAUUGAUCUUUUGCGCCUUCAAGGUUGGAUAAAUACUGUGAUGUGGAAUGGUAUAUGAGAGCUUGAUUUAUUCAUUAGGGAUAUUGAGUUGAAAGAGCUGCUGCUGUCAACCUGUUUAUUUACUUAUGAGACAUUGGUUGUUCUAAAAUUGAGGAUUUACUCUGAAUCUAUGUCUCCCGUGAAUGUCCCUGCCAAAGUUUGGCUCACAAAUCUUAAGGAUCUUCAUCUUAGGUAUCGUAUGUUUUCGAAUGACUGUUGGGAUAGGCUAUUCCCUAACUGCCCUGUCCUUGAGAAUUUGGUCCUCAGUUUCAGUGAUGAUAGCAGCGAAGUUAGUGUUUGUAGUCCCACUCUCAAGAGGCUGCCAUGAAAUCCUCUAAUUCAUUGUCUGAUCGGGUUGGUUGUUUUGAGAUUGUGAUUAAUGCACCAAGUCUUGUCUACUUGGAAAACUCUGUCAGUGAUAUGGAUGUGGCUGCUCUUACAAUUGUAAAUGUCCAGUCGCUUGUUGAAGCCAACAUUGAUUUUAAACAAUGGUCCAUCAAUGCAAGCCAUUAUGUCUCUGUUGCAACUGAUCUUAUGAGAGGGAUGAGCAACAUUCAGACACUCUGUAUAUGUGGUCCAUUCCUAAUGAGUCUCCUUGGAUUAGGUGUUACAGUUCCUGACUUACCUAAUUUGAUCCAUUUGGCUAUCUAUUGCACAACUGGCUUCUCCUUGGAGGAACUGCCAUAUCUACUCCAAUGUUGCGAGUCUAUAGAAACCCUUGUUUUGAAGGGAUGCUGUACGUGGGAUUAUGUAGGCUGGACCCUGCUUGAGGGCAAUUGUUUGUCGUUUUGCCUAAAAACAAUCAAAUUUUUGGAUUUGGAGCCUGGGAUGAUGAAAUAGAAGCGGUGAAGUGUUUUUUGAUAAGUGGAAGAGGUUUAGAGAGCAUUGAGCUUCCUAAUAUUGAGGCAGAACUGAAAGAGUUAUUACUAAUGUCAGCAAGACCAAGAGGUUCAAAAAACUGCAUCAUUAAUGAUAGAUGAGUGAACCAUCGUUUUGUUCAGGGUAUAAGUUCUAUAACAUUGCUUUUGGAUGAGAACUCUUUGUACAAAACUGCAAAUUGCUUAAGUUUGAAAUUGAGUGAGCCAAGGAGGCAGUCCUGUUGUUCUGUGGUUUAACCACACUAGACCAUUCAAGGGGGUUUUAUUUGCCCUCUUUACCACUUAACUCAUGCCUCCUCUGUUUUUCUUUUUUAUUUUUGUUUGUAUUCUUACAUAUUUUUAGA